GUCUCUCUCUCUCUCUCUCCCUCUCCCUCGCUCCCGAGCCUACUGUAUAAAUACAGAUCUGUGAUGGAGACCCCAUCAUACCGCAGUUCACUUUUACACAGUGGAGAUGAGCGCACGGAUAGCGAAAUCCAACCCGGCCAUGAAACUGAUAGUGCUUUUCACAGCAUCUUUCUCCUGGGCCUUUCAGCAGCAGGACAUACUGCCAAAGUACCAGUACCUCGACCCUGUGACCUCUGACCUCCUGCUGUGCGACCAGUGCCCUCCUGGCACCGCUGUGAAGCGACACUGCACCACCGACACACCCACAGAGUGCCAGGUCUGUCCUGAGAGGCAUUUUGCUGAAAACUGGCACUGGGGGGACACCUGCCAAUACUGCACCUCGGUGUGCAAGGAGCGACAGCUUGUGAAGCAGCAGUGCAACAGCACCCACGACCAGCUUUGUGAGUGUGCUCCAGGUUUCCACCUUGUGGUGGAGUUCUGCAUUACACACAGCUCCUGUCCACCCGGAUACGGAGUUACAGCUUUAGGUACACCGGUGAGUGAAACCACGUGUGAACGUUGUCCCGCGGGUCAUUUCUCAAGCAGGGACUCCUCUACCGAGCCAUGUCUGCCCCACAAAAACUGCUCCGGUUUGGGCUUAAAAACACUGAGAUGGGGCACGUCUACUUCGAACAGCCUCUGUACAAACAAAACGGCUUCUCCGGAGUGCUCUCAGCAACAUUCUUUGUGCCAAACUGCUUCAGGUGUCAACCUCUGUGAGAAGAAAGUCUCCCGCUGCAACAGCCUAAAAAACCUAACCCUAGAGGACCUCCUGAAGGUCACCGACAGCCUGCCAGGGGUCAAAGUUAAGCUGGAGGAUGUCCGGGCCGUGGUCUCCACUUGUCUGCCCCAGCAGUACAUCCUGCAGCUGCUUCACCUCUGGAAGAUGGCAAACUAUGACCUGGAUCUUGCCAAAGGUCUGUCUCACAGUCUGAGGGUGCUGCGCAACAACGGGGCCCCACGCCAUCUGCUGAAAGGCCUGAAGAAGUUUAGCCGCAUCAUAGGAACCACCUCCACGCACAAGAUGUAUGAGAAGAUGUUUGUUAGUAUGCUUCACGAUGAGUCCUGUUUUAAGGCUCAUAAACCAUUAAAUGAAUAA